UUAUUUUGGUAUAUUUUUCUUUCUUUCUUUCUUUCUUUCCAUUGAAAACUACGUUAUUUUUGCUAUUGCCUUCAUUCUCAUUGCCGAGAACAACUCUCUAUUCCUUUUGUGAUUUUUUUUCCUUCAAUAAGGUUUUUUUUUGUGUAAAAUUAGGUUUUUCAUGAGCUUUAUCAGUUGAGAAACAUCCAAAAUGGCUGAAGAAGCUCAACCAAAAGAGGAUGAUUUGUCUAAGAAUAACCAAACAAGUGACCUUGAUCAUGAGUGCCCUGGCAGCCCUCAAAAUCAAAAGAUAUCAUCUAGAUGGUGUCCAGAUGAAGCAUGCAGGCCCGCUCUUGUUGAAGCACCUAUAUUUUAUCCUACUAUUGAGGAGUUUCAAGAUACACUUGGUUACAUAGCAAAGAUACGCCCAAAAGCAGAAUCAUAUGGUAUAUGCCGGAUUGUUCCUCCACCUUCUUGGGCACCACCCUGCCCUCUUAAGGAUGUCAAGAUUUGGGAACAUGCGAAGUUUUCUACACGUAUUCAGCACGUGGACUUGCUUCAGAAUAGAGAGCCCAUGAGAAAGAAAAGCAAAAGUCGAAAGCGUAAACGACGGAGGGGCUCUAGAGUGCGAAGAACCAGGAGGAGGACAGAAUCUGGUUCAGAAGCUAAUACUGCUUCUGAGACUGAUGAGAAGUUUGGAUUCCAAUCAGGAUCGGAUUUUACACUCGGAGAAUAUCAGAGAUAUGCUGAUCAUUUCAAGAAGUGUUACUUUGGGAUGAAGGACACCAAGGAGGAAACAAACUCUAGUCCAUUUGAACAUAAUAAAAGAUGGGAGCCGUCUGUGGAGGAUAUCGAAGGUGAAUAUUGGAGAAUAGUUGAGCAACCAACAGAUGAGGUUGAGGUGUACUAUGGAGCUGAUUUGGAAACAGGAGUAUUUGGAAGUGGGUUUCCUAAAGCGUCUACUAUGGAAACUAAAAAUGAUGUGGAUCAGUAUGUGACAUCAGGGUGGAAUCUAAACAACUUAGCACGCCUUCCAGGUUCUGUUCUGGGUUUUGAAGAAAGUGAUAUAUCUGGAGUUCUAGUUCCGUGGCUAUAUGUUGGGAUGUGCUUUUCUUCAUUUUGCUGGCAUGUUGAAGACCACCAUCUAUAUUCACUAAAUUAUCACCACUGGGGCGAGCCAAAAGUAUGGUAUGGUGUACCUGGAAGUCAUGCUUCUGCUUUGGAAGAUGCAAUGAGAAAGCACUUACCGGAUUUAUUUGAGGAACAACCACAUUUACUUAACGAACUGGUCACUCAACUGUCUCCUUCAGUUCUGAAAUCUGAGGGUGUACCUGUAUAUCAAGCAGUUCAACAUUCUGGAGAAUUUGUUCUCACCUUUCCAAGGGCAUACCACUCUGGAUUUAAUUGUGGUUUCAACUGUGCUGAGGCAGUGAAUGUGGCCCCUGUUGAUUGGUUGGUGCAUGGACAGAAUGCAGUUGAACUCUACAGCAAGCAGUGUCGCAAGACAUCAAUUUCCCAUGAUAAAUUAUUGUUAGGGGCUGCGAAGGCAGCUGUUGAGGCCCUUUACGAGCUGUCAAUACAUGGAAAUAAAACUCCUAGGAAUUUAAGCUGGCAAAGUAUGUGUGGGAAGGAUGGGAUUCUUACUGAGGCAAUUAAGACUAGAGUAAAGAUUGAAGAGGAAAGACUAGAUCAUCUGCCAAUUUGUUUGAAGCUGCAAAAAAUGGAAUCAGAUUAUGAUUUGAAAGAUGAAAGAGAAUGUUUCUCUUGCUUCUAUGACUUGCAUUUAUCUGCCGUCAGCUGCAAGUGCUCCCCUGACCGAUUUUCAUGUCUUAAACAUGUGAACCAUCUUUGUUCCUGUGAAAUAGAUGAUAGAUGUGUCCUUUUUCGUUACCCCAUUAAUGAACUAAAUGUGCUUAUUGAAGCAUUAGAAGGAGACAAAGAAGCUUUAGAAGUAUGGUCAUCAGCACAUCUAGUAGCUUCUGUUGAUAAAGAAGGUUAUAGUGUAGGCAAGCCAAAGAUGGAAAAUGGUAACUGGAGAAGCGACUUACUUGAUCAAAGGGAAACUUCAUCAUGUUGCCCAGGAACAGGAACAGGAACAGAAGAGAAGUUGAACACAAAUGCUUCUUGCAGCUCAAAUAGUAAUGGUUCUUCCAAAGAGGUCCAAUCAGGAACCAAACAGAGAAAUUGUAGUUUAAACACAUCUAAUAUCACUAUGCAUAGUCAAAAUGACAGCGGUGAAACUGCAAUCAUGAAAGAUGAUGAUAAGGUGGAUCAACAGUGCUGUAUUGAUUUAAAUGUUGAUUAUACCUCUGAUGAACAUGAAAGUGGGUUCGUGUGUAUGUCUGAUAAAAGUGAUAACAAUACUGUGAUAGAUGUGGAGGAGAGUUGCACAAUGUUGUGCAAUGAAGGAAAAGGUUCUGCUUCUGAUGCAGGAAGAGAACAAAAUGUGAAGGAUUUUGAUAGUAACCAUCAUUUGUCGACUACUAAUAACACUUUGAACAAAGAUUACCCAAUGUGUUCAAGGGACGUGGAUAUAAAUCGGGCAUUUGAUUGUAAUAAGUUGUUUGGUGUUGAUCUUUUAUCGUCAAACUCUCAUUCAGAAGUUCCAUCAUGCAGCUUGACUGAAACAGAAAUUUUGAACACUUUGGAUGUAAAAACUUUUACGGCUGACCGACAAGCUUCAUUAUCAAAAUUGGAUCCUCAUAUCGAGCUUAUAAAUAUUGGGUGUAUUGUCUUUGGAAAGCUAUGGUGCAGCAAGCAAGCCAUAUUUCCUAAAGGAUUUAAAAGCCGUGUCACAUUUUAUAAUGUGUUGAGUCCAACUACAGUUUGUACCUAUAUAUCAGAAGUUCUUGAUGCUGGACUGCUUGGGCGACCUCUGUUUAAGGUUUCAUUGGAGGAGAACCCUGCUGAAACUUUUUCCAAUACCUCAGCUGAAAAGUGCUGGGAAACAGUUCUGCAGAGACUGAAGGAGGAGAUAAAGAGAGGAAGUAAUGUAGGUAGACAAGGACUGCUGCCUUUACAGCCUUUUCAGAGCAUAGACGGGCUUGAAAUGUUUGGGUUUCUCUCCCCACCGAUUAUGCAGGCUAUUGAGGCUCUCGACCCUCAUCAUAAAUGCACGGAGUACUGGGACAACAGGCAAAAGACACCUAAGCAUUUGGUCGAAUCAACUUGCUCGUCUGGAGAAACGAGGACUAAACUGUUUGGUAUUAACUUGAUAAAGCAGGGACAGGACAAUAACAAUCCAUUUAUAGAAAAAGGUUUUAGUUUAAUUGAUGAAGAGGUAAAGGUAGUAGUCAGAAGACUAUUGAAGAAGGCAAGCCCUGAAGAGCUGAAGAUAUUGCAUAGAUUAUUCUGCAGUGAAUCCCAGACUGCUGAAUGGAGAGUUGCAUUCAAAGCAUUGAUUGAAGAGACUCAGAAAAAUGUAAAUAAGGAUUAGCAAUAGUCUCUAACAGAUAGGCCCAUUCAUUCGCUUAUGCAACUUAGCUUUUUUGAUAGUUCAUUUUAGUCAUUCUAUUAGGCCAAAUUCUUUUUAGGGAAAAUAGCCACAAAGGAGAAAAGGAUUGAUUUUGGGUGUGUAUUGCUAACAUAUAAUUGCAAUGCACUUGGCCCAAUUGAUUGGCCUUCAUAAUAGAAUGUUGUUUUGGAGGGACCAAUGUCACCAAUCUCACUGAGAAUAGAAUAUAGAAGUUGCUUGUACAUGAGAAAAGCACAUCUCUAACCUCUGAAAAAUACACCUCAAAAUCUCAAUUUUGAUAAUCUGGGUAUUAAUUUAUUAAUUAUAGGUUAACAUUUGUUCA